UCUAUCUCUUUGCUUUGGACGAUUCCAUCAUCAUCAACCAACAAAUUUCAAAACUUAAUGAGUGCCACCGAAAGAGGCAAGGAUGCUACAACUGUCGAUUUACCCUUAUGUGAUUGCCGUAGCUGAUAGCGAGUUUCUGGUCAUUUAACUUGAAUAAAUGACAAGCAAGGGUAAAUUGCGAAUUUGAUUAGCCAAAGCCAAGCAAGGGAUCCUUGUUAUAUUCUCGCUCGCUAUAUACAAUCUCCAUUCACCAGCAGCAAAAUUGUCGAGGAGGAAUUGAGGACACUGUAAUGCAUGGGAAAUUGCAUGUUCAAGGGAUUUGGACUUCAAGUAGAAGAAAUAAUAAAAGUGGUCACAACAAAUGGAGGAAUCAUGGAGCUCUACGCACCCAUCACCGCAAAGCGCAUAACCAACGAGUUCCCAGGCCAUUCAAUCUACCGUAGCUCCGACCUCUUCUCUUCACCUCUCCUCCACAACGAAGAGCUCCAUGGCGGCCAUCUCUAUUACCUCCUCCCUCUCAACACCAAUAAAAACACCUCCACUACGUCAAAUUCUUGCAACAGCACCAUAAAUUAUACAUCGUCGUCCAAACUCACACCUUAUCGCAUGUCGUUUGACAAUCAGAGGGCACUAAAGCGAUCGACAGAGGCUGAGGUGUUUCCAAGGUACAACAGUACUGGGGUUUGGAAGGUGAAGCUGGUGAUAAGCCCAGAGCAGCUGGCGGGGAUACUGGCGCAAGAGGCACGAACGGAGGAGUUGAUAGAGAGCGUGAGGACCGUGGCUAAGUGUGGAAAUGGGGUCUAUUUUUCAUCGGUGGCUAGUUCGGAUCAAUGGAGUUUGUCUAGUAGCUGGAAAGGAUCUGCUGAAAAUAUGGGGUGGAUUAUAUUUAGCAGUUAGCAGUAUUGUAUUAGUUUCUACCUUAAUUAGUAUGCUUAA